AUGCCGAACACAAACAUGUCGACCGCCAACGAGAGCGAGUUGCGCAUCCAGGUGUUAAAAUCGAAACGGCGAACAUUCAAAGCACAAACUACGAUGUUAUCGAACUCCGUCAAUUCGUAUCAAGACUCCGCAAGCGAACGAGUCAAACUACGCAAUCGAAUCGAUCGCCUACACAAACAAUUCGAAACGUUCGAAACAAUUCAAGAUGAAUUGGCCCUUCUCGAAAACGUCGAAGACGCGGAACGCGAGCGCGAGACAACCACCGAAUCAUUCGACAACGCGAUAGCCCUCGCGACCGUCUUACUCGAGGGUUUGAAUCAGCCCAGAUACCGGCCCAACACACCGGCUGGAACCUUUGACGGCACAGUCUCACCCGCACCGACCACAUCAUCCUUCGCGCUACCGGUUCAGCUUCCAAAAAUCGACCUUCCGAAAUUCGACGGACGCCUCGAAAAAUGGAUUACGUUCAAAGACGCGUUUCAAGCCAUGAUCCAUUCGCAAACAGGGUUGAACAAUGUCCAAAAAUUGCAAUACCUUCGUUUAUCACUAACCGGACGAGCGGAAUCUGCCAUUGACGCGUUUACAGUAAGCGAAGAGAAUUACGAAGCCGCUUGGAACCAAUUAAACGACAUUUAUGACAACAAGCGCGUGCUCGUUCUUCGUCAUGCAUCUCUGCUACGCGACACUCCACCGAUGACCAACGACUCUCCGGAAGCCAUACGCGACUUUGUCAACCACGUCCAACUACACAUUCGAUCCCUCCAAGCUCUCGGUCGGACUUGGGAGGACAUGGCAAGCGACUUCAUCACGAGCAUGAUGAUUUCAAAAAUGUCCACCGAAACGCGGAGGUCAUGGGAACGCACACUCACAGACACUGAGGUUCCCAAAGCUUUAGACAUUCUGAAACAUUUACGCAUCGCGUCGCAUCAAUCAAGGGAAACAUCGAGGAAUUCGCAACGUACGGAAUAUGCGCGCGAACCCGCGAAGUACCCCUUACAACGAUCUCCGCGAUCAAUUCAAAGACCACUACCACCUUCGAGACACCAACCGUCACCGUCGCGAUGGUCACCUCCGCCCGCGAAGAAAUUCAAACAGGCAUACGUGACAUCCACCGCGUCAAAUUGCAAGGUGUGCAAUGCCGGGCCGCACGCUGCAUAUCAAUGUCCGAAAUUUCUGAACAUGGGGGUCGAAGAACGAAUACAAGCAGCGAAGGGAGCAAACCUCUGCGUAAAUUGUCUCCAAACGGACCACGCGACGGAAGAUUGUCGAUCUGGGGGGUGUCGGGUUUGUCACGACCGACAUAACACAAAACUCCAUCGCGAUGCUCCGCCGCGAGAAGAAGGAAGGAAAUCUUGA